CCGCCACUUCUCGCUAAAACCGAUUCAAAACUAGCAGCGUUUGAAGCUCAGUCAAGCAACGCUCACCGGCAGCUGUCGGAGCUUGUUUACAUACGCUCUUGGGUGAAUCCAGGGCCGAAACUAACGGUGCUGAGCCAGUCAUGGGGAUCUGCGAGAGCUGCUUCAAAGGUUCCGGCGCCGACAUAGCUGAAUCCCAAGGGCUUGACGCGACCGCGAAGCGGCAACAGAUGGCCGAGGCUGCCGAACGAAGACUGAAGGAGCAGGAACACCGGGGAAUCAAGGAACCUGAGAAAUUCAGGCGGCAGCAACAAAAGCGAGACGAGCUCGAACAAAUUGCGGCCACAGCUCCGGGCGAAGCGAAUUUGCGGUGGCAAGUUCGAUGAGAACUCGGCACACAACUUAAUUACCACAUGUAAAAAAAGAAAAAGAAGAAUCGUGUUAACCGGAGAAACUAUGUUUUGAGUGUUGUGCUAAUGUGCGUGAAUAUUCCUGUAUAACUUUCAAAUCGGAAUAAAUGUUGCUGUACAGAGAAAAAAAAUAACAACAAA